AUGCUGGGCACCACUCGGUGUCCGGUCGUCGCCGGCUGGCAGGACCGACUUCGAGACAAGGCAGUCCUUGCAGGCAUCUCGGGUCUGAGCGUGGGGACAGUGGCGGCCAUUGCCAAGGGACACCCCGUGGUCCGGUUCGCAGCCCAGAGCACGCUGAGCUUUGUGCUACUGGGAACACUGUAUGGAGGUGUGCAAGAAGCAUGCCGGCUAGUGAGGUGCCACGACAGCCCCGUCAACAGCGCCUUUGCCGGUGCCGCUGCCGGCAGCCUCAUUCACCGUGCCAACGGGAGGCACCCCCUGCACGGCGCCCUGGCCUACGGCGCCAUCGCCACCGCGGCGCAUGCUGCAUCGGCCGCGUGGCGGCCAGACGAGACGCUGCGGGACGUGCUGCGUGCGCAGCGGGACAGCGAGCUGGCGGCGCGAGAGGCGCGAGAGGCGGAGACCGGGCCCGGCUGGCUGCGGCGCCUGGGGGACGCCAUCGGCAUGCGGCGCAUGAGCGAGGCCGAGUGGGCAGAGUACACUGCAGCCCAGGACGAGAAGCAGCGGCAGCGGGUGCAGGCGGCGCUGGAGGGCAAGACCUCGCAGCCGCGGCGGGGCGGUGUGUUCGACUGA